GGCUUUUCGUUUGUUGCAGGUGCGAUAUUCGAGCAAGGCACGACGGAAGUGCAGUCGGCGUUCAAGUUCGCGAUGCUCACGCACAACGAGAACGUGACCGGGGACGGGCUCGCCGGGCGACGCUUCGAGUUGCAAGCCUACGUCGACGUCAUCAACACAGCCGACGCCUACAAACUCUCCAGACUAAUUUGCAAUCAGUUCUCAAGAGGAGUGUUUGCCAUGCUGGGGGCGGUCAGCUCUGACUCGUUCGACACGUUGCACUCCUACAGCAACACUUUUGAAAUGCCUUUCGUCACACCCUGGUUUCCUGAAAAGGUGCUGUCACCAUCAUCCGGCUCGAUAGACUACGCAAUAAGCAUGCGGCCGGACUACCACCAGGCCAUCAUCGACGUCAUCAAGCACUACGGCUGGCGCCACAUAGCAUACCUCUACGACUCGCACGACGGUCUCUUGCGGUUGCAACAAAUUUAUCAAGGGCUGCAGCCAGGUUCAGAGCUUUUUCGUGUAGAUGUAGUUAGAAGAAUAUCAAACGUUUCCCAAGCAUUAGACUUCAUCCAUGCCUUAGAAGUCAUUGACAGGUGGAGUCACAAAUACAUCGUCCUUGACUGCUCAACGACGAUGGCGAAAGAAAUAGUCGUAGCGCACGUUAGAAAUAUAACACUAGGCAAAAGAAUUUACCACUAUCUCCUGUCCGGUCUGGUUAUGGACGACCAAUGGGAGAAUGAAGUGAAAGAGUAUGGCGCAAUCAACAUUACGGGGUUCCGAAUCGUGGAUCCGAGCCGAAAAUAUGUCCAAGACUUCCUUCGGGGGUGGCACCAACUCGAACCCACAAAAUCGCCAGGCGCCAACCACGAAUCAAUCUCGGCGCAAGCGGCACUGAUGCAUGACGCGGUGUUCGUGCUGGUGGAGGUGUUCAACAAGAUCCUGCGCAAGAAGCCGGACACGUUCCGGAACAACCUCCGCCGCGGGCAGAUGAUCAACAACGGAACCCGCGGCAUCGACUGCAACACCAGCAAGGGCUGGGUCACCCCGUGGGAGCACGGCGAGAAGAUCUCCUCUCAGCUCCGCAAGGUUCAAAUCGAAGGCCUCACGGGAGAGAUCAAAUUCAACGAAAAUGGGAAGCGAAAAAACUACACUUUGCACGUGAUGGAGAUGACUAUGCACAGUGCAAUGGUUAAGGUGGCUGAAUGGUCUGAUGUGUCCGGUUUGACAGUACUUGCUCCGAAGAAUGAGAAGCCACGACCACCGACAGAAAUAGAGAAGAACCGCACCUACAUUGUCACAACGAUUACGGAGGAGCCUUACAUCAUGUUCAAGAAAGCAGAGCCUCACGAACAACUGGUUGGUAACGACAGAUUCGAAGGCUACUGCAAGGAUUUGGCGGAUCUCAUAGCGAAGAAGCUGGAUAUUAACUAUGAGCUGCGACUGGUGAAAGAUGGGAAAUACGGGGCGGAGAACCCGGAUAAAAAGGGUGGUUGGGACGGCAUGAUCGGCGAGCUCGUCCGAAGGGAGGCGGACAUGGCGAUCGCGGCGAUGACGAUAACGGCGGAGCGGGAGCGGGUGGUGGACCUGAGCAAGCCGUUCAUGUCCCUGGGGAUCAGCAUCAUGAUCAAGAAGCCGGUCAAGCAGAAGCCCACCGUCCUGAGCUUCCUGAGCCCGCUCUCCAAGGAGAUCUGGGUCUGCGUCCUCUUCAGCUACGUCGCCGUCAGCAUCGUCCUCUUCAUCGUCUCCCGCUUCUCGCCGUACGAGUGGCGCCUCGUCAGCUACUCCGAGACCGUCCAUCACAACCAGGGCAUGGCCCCGGCCCCCGCCGUCCUCACCAACGACUUCAGCAUCUUCAACAGCCUCUGGUUCGCCCUCGGGGCCUUCAUGCAGCAGGGCAGCGACAUCUCCCCCAGGUCGAUCUCAGGGCGGAUAGUAGGCAGCGUGUGGUGGUUUUUCACGCUGAUCAUAAUUUCGUCGUACACGGCCAACCUGGCGGCAUUCCUCACCGUUGAAAGGAUGGUCGCCCCGAUCAACUCCGCGGAGGAUCUCGCCGCGCAAACGGAGGUCCAAUACGGCACCCUCAAAAGUGGCUCCACCUUGGAAUUCUUCAAGAAGUCGCAGAUCACGCUGUACCAGAAGAUGUGGGAGUUCAUGAACGCGCGGCCGCACCUGUUCGUGUCGACGUACGACGAGGGGAUCCGGCGGGUGCGAUCCUCGAAAGGGAAGUACGCGCUGCUCAUCGAGUCGCCCAAGAACGAGUACGUCAACGAGAGAGAGCCGUGCGACACCAUCAAAGUCGGACGCAACCUCGACUCCAAGGGCUUCGGCAUCGCCACCCAGCUCGGAUCGCCCCUCAGCAAUCCAAUAAACUUAGCAGUUCUAUCCCUGACGGAAAAUGGAGAGCUGGCUAAACUGAUGAACAGGUGGUGGUACGACCGAACUGAAUGCAAACUCGAUGAUCGGGAUCCAACUCGGAAUGAACUGUCAUUGAGCAACGUAGCUGGUAUUUUCUACGUCCUCAUUGGUGGACUGAUUCUCGCCAUGGCUGUUGCUCUGCUGGAAUUCUGCUACAAAUCACAUUCAGAAGCCUCUCGCGCGAAGAUUCCACUCACAGAUGCUAUCAAAGCAAAAGCACGGCUAACGAUAGGAAGUAGAGAAUAUGAAAAUAACAGGAAACGAGAGACUCUGUAUCAAUACUACGCGUCGGGGAACCAGAUGAACCAGUUGGACAGUGAUCAAGUUCUGCACAGUAACACCCACACUCAAGUUUGAUAAUACUUUUGAGCGGCUCAAUUUUCAGCGAUUCUCAGGGCAAUUUUUAGACAAAUAGUUUAAAAUGAUAAGGCUGAGGAAAGAUCGGCGAAGGGGACCCGUAGUCCGGAUUAGAGUCCCUUUAUACUAAGAGUCAAGACAAUUUGAAUCCAUUUCUGAUUGGUUCCCGUAUUUUAGGCCUCCACAGUGU